AUGCUUUUCGUGGUGUCAGUUUUCCUCCUUGUAUGCGCGACCAAUGUCCUUGAAACUGUCCACUGUACCUUUUCGAAUUCGGAAGAAGCUAACAUGCCUGUCGAUAUCCGUGACGCUGCCGACAAUGUGAGUCACUAUAAUCGAAGUCGAAUGAGUUCUGAAGACACAAAGACCACGGAUACCGAAAACAGAGGUCGUGCUUUCACUAUGUCUGAUUUGGGCGUGAGGCUUAUGACGAUUGCGAAGUACAAUAAAUACGCGAAGAAGGUGCGUCAGUAUAUUAAUCUCAAGGAUGCUUUGAAAAGUUCCGAGAUGGAGGCUUUGUACAACUUGUGCAUGAAGCACAAUCGUAAAAAUAAAGCGAAAUUGCAGCUCUCGGCAGUCGAGCCACUUUUGGAAUUAUAUGGAUCCAGCAACCUGCGGAACAAUCUUCAACAUCUGGUCGAGAAAGAAGGGUACAACCAGCAUAUGAUUAAGCAUCUUUUGCAAGAGAUACGACGGGAAGAGUGGCUGAGAAAACAAAUGUCUAUCGACAAAGUCUUUGAUCUGCUGCAAUUCAGCGACGACCUUACGACAGAUAUACAAAUUGGAAAAUUUGAUGAGCUGAAAGAGUAUAUUUUAUCCCUUGGCCGCGAAAAGUAUAAAAAUAAGGUUAUUGAGUACGCCGAUGACAAGCUGGUCGCGAUUUUGACAGAUAAAUUUGGUGGAGAAGGAAAUCUGGUGAAGCAAAUGAGUAAAGCAAAGUUUUCUGGAGUAAAUGACGAAAGUAUGAGCGGUUUGGAAUCAGCUUUAUUUCGCAAAUGGCAUGACAUGAAAACGUGGAAGGUGUGGAAUCGACUCCAAUUUGGCGAUGACGCAGUUGGAGCAUUGACAAGCGGAAAAAUUGAGAUUGCUGAUAAAUACUUUACUAAAAGGUAUAAAAACGGCUAUUUUGAUGCUAUUCAAUUGUUUGAAGAAGAUUUUGGAACAGAAAGAUUGACAGCGGCAUUUGCAAUUGCUAAAUCUGUGCCCGACACGAAAGAAUUUGCGACAAUGAUGCAGCACAAACAAUUCAAUAAUUGGCGGCGAAAGAAUAAGUCUGCGGCAGAUAUUUUUAAAUCUUUGAACUUCAACAUAAAUCGCAUCGAUACACUUCUAGAUGUAAAAUUGGAAGCUUUGAGCUCCUUCAUUAGUUUAUUGGAGCCUACGAAACCCUAUGUGAAGGCAGGAAAUUUGUGGGAUCUCGCACGUCUGGCCAUGAAUUCAGUGUUAGGAGAUGAUCCGGCAAGGUUGUUAUGGUACGACACUUCACUUUUAGACGUGCUUUUUGAAAAAUGGAGCGCCGAAAAUCUUCAGCCGGAUAAACUUUACGAUCAAUUUUACGGUGGCGGAAUGACUGUUGCUGAUCGUACCGAUACGUUAAUAGUGGCAUGUUACGAGGACUUCAUCAUUGAUGGUGAUAGCAUGGUCAACCCUUCCCUCAUGACUCCUAGGCGCCUAUUAGAUCGACCGUUUGCAAAAAUUUAG